UUUGUAGUUUAGUAGCGGUUAUAACGGUCAGAGUCCUCACAGGCAGCCGGCUCCCUCUGAAGGCGCAUUAACUCUUUGUAGUUUGCUUUUCUCUUUAAAAAAAAAAAAAGGAAAAAGAAAAAAAAAAAUCUAAGAUGAACAGAAUUUUCCUCCAGCUUUUUGCAGUCGGACUCUGCGUUGCAAUUGGCCAAGCUCUCUUGUGCUACAAAUGCGACAUUGGCUUCGGGAGCCUGUGCAUAACCACUCAACAAACAUGUUCAAGCGGACAACUUUGCUUCAGUGGUGUUGGGAAAGCAGCUGGAUUCCUGGAUAUCAAGACAAAGGGUUGUCUCGACACGGCGAACUGCAACAAGACCGAAACUACGACCUUUGGCUCGAACAAUACCAUCUACAGUGUGACCAAGACGUGCUGCAACACUGACCUGUGCAACGCAGCACCUGGCAUGCCUGGGACCUCCUCGCUGACCCUGGCCCUCACGGCCAUCUCUGCUCUGUUUGUGGGAAACAUCCUGGGUUGAGAGAAGAGACGGCAGAUGACUAUGCAUACACAAAUAUAACACACACCAGGGAUGCAAGGAUUAAAUAAAAUGUUCUUCUUACACAUGAGCUGUUAUCUGUAACCAUGGAGCUUGUUUUUUGUUCUGUACGGGUCUUUACUGUCCUUGAGGUGUAUUGCUGUUUUGGUUUCACAGGUGUUUUUCAGUUAACUCCCACGUGUUUUUCUUUGUCUUCAUUUGACUGUAACAUUUUAAAAAAGUAAAUUACUGGUUUAUAGUAAA